AUAUCGACUGCGCCCGCUCAUUUCUCAACUCAAGCCUUGAACUUCGUUCGGUUCAGUAAAAUGGAAUGGAAGUUCGAUAGCCUAGCGACCCAACCCCAACUAUCUUCUGUCUACUAUUGCCAUCUGAAAUCCGUAAUGGCUUUCAUCUGAGAAAUCCGUUAGAGCCGAGCAUCAUGAAGCUGAAGCGGACGGGAAUGGAUAGCGACAUGCCAUUUCUUUCUGAAGGGAUCAUCAUAAACAUUCUCAAACGACUUCCGGUAAAAUCCCUAAGCCGAUUUAAAUGUGUGUGCAAGCGUUGGAAAGAUGUCAUCAAAACUCCCUCUUUCAUCGCCGACCACCUUCAACACUCCAGUCAGCAAAAACCUUCUCUUCUUAUGGAAUGGUAUGCAGAUCACGGCUUGCGUUUGCUCGAUUGCGGGAUGCAGAUCCGUGAAGUUCAGAAUGCACCAUUGAUCGAUUCCUUGGAGGAUGCAAGUAUCGUUGGUUCCUGCAAUGGCCUUCUCUGUGUUGAAAUCGAUGAGGAUGACGGAUCUAUUCCUCCCCUUUUAUUGUGGAAUCCGGCGACUACAGCGGUCAGACAUGUGCCUCGUAACAGAAAUGAUUUUAUUGACUAUCAUGAUUGGGUUGAAGGAUUUGGGUUCAGUCCAAUUGUUAAUGAUUACAAGAUAGUGAGAACUUAUGCUGAGUUUGAUGAUGGCUUUGACGAUGAGCUUAAAGGGGUGGAAGCAGUGGAAGUGUUUUCGUUAAGCAGAGGGUCAUGGGAGGGAAUAGAUAUUGGGAACUUAAAGGGGGUGAAUCUUCAUUCUGACACUGUCACAGCUAAUGGAGCUAUGUUUUGGUUUGGAUCAAAGCUAGGUUCGAAGGAUGAGGGUGAAGAUGAUGUUGAGAUGAUAGUUUCAUUUGACAUAGCAAAGGAAGUCUUUACAUUGAUACCGAGGCCUGAUUUAGAUUAUAAUGCAGAUGGAAUGCUUACUGUUUAUGAAAAUAAACUUGCAAUACUUUGUGGCCUUUCAGAAGAUGAUGAUGAACCAUCUUAUUUGAUUGGUUUGUGGGUUUUGGAUGAGGGUACAUGUGAAUCUGAGAAGAUAUGGAGCUGGAAUAAAAGAUAUACCAGCAGCCCCUUCUCAUUCAGGUUAGAUCCGUUGACUAUUUGGAGGGACGAAAUUGUCUGCAAACCUUGUUCUAAAGAGGAUAAUGCAAAAGGAAGAAAUGCUCUUUAUCUGAUAAAUCUCACUACUAAUGAAGUUAAGAGUUUUGUCUAUCCCGAUUAUGUCAGUAGUAUUUCCAAUUAUGCGGAAAGCCUUGUACCAGUUGGCUCCACAUUGAAGAAUCUUGAUCCUAGAUCUUAAAUUAUUACAAUGUAGAUUUACAUUGUUGGUGGGAUGGAAUCUCCAAUAUUUGAGAUCAUUCUAUGCCUAUGAUAUUUGAUAUUUGAUCUUAUGCGGAGCGGAUAUUUAACACCAGAUGUGCCUAUAAUUUGGGACUUGUUUAUUUGUUUAUUUAUUUAUUUAUUUUGAUAAAUAAAGGAACAGCUCAUUAGCUGUUAAAGCAAAUAUAGUAUUUGGGACUUGUUUAUUAAUAUGUCAAUUUUAUAUGAAAAGUAUACCAGUAGUUUAUUAUAUUGUAUGUAAUUGAGAGGCCAGAAAAGUAACGAAUGCUUCUCUCUGCUUUUA